UGUUACCACUCCUACUAGCAGCAGCUAUAGGUCAGAUACUGAUACCACUCCUACUAGCAGCAGCUAUAGGUCAGAUACUGAUACCACUCCUACUAGCAGCAGCUAUAGGUCAGAUACUGUUACCACUCCUAAUAGCAACAGCUAUAGGUCAGAUAAUGUUACCACUCCUAAUAGCAACAGCUAUAGGUCAGAUAAUGUUACCACUCCUAAUAGCAGCAGCUAUAGGUCAGAUACUGUUACCACUCCUAAUAGCAGCAGCUAUAGGUCAGAUACUGUUACCACUCCUAAUAGCAGCAGCUAUAGGUCAGAUACUGUUACCACUCCUAAUAGCAGCAGCUAUAGGUCAGAUACUGUUACCACUCCUAAUAGCAGCAGCUAUAGGUCAGAUACUGUUACCACUCCUAAUAGCAGCAGCUAUAGGUCAGAUAAUGUUACCACUCCUAAUAGCAGCAGCUAUAGGUCAGAUACUGUUACCACUCCUAAUAGCAGCAGCUAUAGGUCAGAUACUGUUACCACUCCUAAUAGCAGCAGCUAUAGGUCAGAUACUGUUACCACUCCUAAUAGCAGCAGCUAUAGGUCAGAUACUGUUACCACUCCUAAUAGCAGCAGCUAUAGGUCAGAUACUGUUACCACUCCUAAUAGCAGCAGCUAUAGGUCAGAUAAUGUUACCACUCCUAAUAGCAGCAGCUAUAGGUCAGAUACUGUUACCACUCCUAAUAGCAGCAGCUAUAGGUCAGAUACUGAUACCACUCCUAAUAUCAUCAGCUAUAAGUCAGGUACUGUUACUGUUACCACUCCUAAUAUCAUCAGCUAUAGUUAAGGUACUGUUACUGUUACCACUCCUAAUAUCAUCAGCUAUAGUUAAGGUACUGUUACUGUUACCACUCCUAAUAUCAUCAGCUAUAGUUAAGGUACUGUUACUGUUACCACUCCUAAUAUCAUCAGCUAUAGUUAAGGUACUGUUACCACUCCUAAUAUCAUCAGCUAUAGUUAAGGUACUGUUACCGCUCCUAAUAUCAUCAGCUAUAGUUAAGGUACUGUUACCGCUCCUAAUAUCAUCAGCUAUAGGUCAGAUACUGUUACCGCUCCUAAUAUCAUCAGCUAUAGGUCAGGUACUGUUACUAUUACCACUCCUACUAGCAGCAGCUAUAGGUCAGAUACUGAUACCAAUCCUACUAGCAGCAGCUAUAGGUCAGAUACUGUUACCACUCCUAAUAGCAGCAGCUAUAGGUCAGAUACUGAUACUGUUACUGUUACCACUCCCUACCAUUACCAUUACUGGUUCACCAACUUCUUCUCUGAUAGAGUUCAGUGUGUCAAAUCGGAGGGCCUGUUGUCCGGGUCUCUGGCAGUCUCUAUGGGGGUGCCACAGGGUUCAAUUCUUGGGCCGACUCUCUUCUCUGUAUACAUCAAUGAUGUCGCUCUUGCUGCUGGUGAGUCUCUGAUCCACCUCUACGUAGACGACACCAUUCUGUAUACUUCUUGCCCUUCUUUGGACACUGUUAACAACCCUCCAGACGAGUUUCAAUGCCAUACAACUCUCCUUCAGUGGCCUCCAACUGCUCUUAAAUACAAGUAAAACUAAAUGCAUGCUGUUCAACCGAUCGCUGCCCGCACCUGCCCGCCCGUCCAACAUCACUACUCUGGACGGUUCUGACUUAGAAUAUGUGGACAACUACAAAUACCUGGGUGUCUGGUUAGACUGUAAACUCUCCUUCCAGACUCACAUCAAACAUCUCCAAUCCAAAGUUAAAUCUAGAAUUGGCUUCCUAUUUCACAACAAAGCAUCCUUCACUCAUGCUGCCAAACAUACCCUCGAAAAACUGACCAUCCUACCGAUCCUCAACUUCGGUGAUGUCAUCUAUAAAAUAGCCUCCAACACUCUACUCAACAAAUUUGCUGCAGUCUAUCACAGUGCCAUCCAUUUUGUCACCAAAGCCCCAUAUACUACCCACCACUGCGACCUGUACUCUCUCGUUGCCUGGCCCUCGCUUCAUACUCGUCGCCAAACCCACUGGUUCCAGGUCAUCUACAAGACCCUGCUAGGUAAAGUUCCCCCUUAUCUCAGCUCGCUGGUCACCAUAGCAGCACCCACCUGUAGCACGUGCUCCAGUAGGUAUAUCUCUCUGGUCACCCCCAAAGCCAAUUUUCCUAUUCCUCCUCUCCUUCCAGUUCUCUGCUGCCAAUGACUGGAACGAACUACAAAAAUCUCUGAAACUGGAAACACUUAUCUCCCUCACUAGCUUUAAGCACCAGCUGUCAGUGCAGUUUACAGAUUCCUGCACCUGUACUUAGCCCAAACAACUACCUCUCCCCCUACUGUAUUUAUUUAUUUAGCUCCUUUGCACCCCAUUAUUUCUACUUUGCACAUUCUUCCACUGCAAAUCUACCAUUCCAGUGUUUUACUUGCUAUAUUGUAUUUACUUCGCCAAGGCCUUUUUUGCCUUUACCUCCCUUAUCUCACCUCAUUUGCUCACAUUGUAUAUAGACUUAUU